GGUAGAACGCAAAAGAGCCGUUACAGUUGAACGAUCAAAAAGAAAGGGCGUAUAAAACAAACGUAUUGAGUCGGCCGAGUCGUGAAAAAUGUCUGCUCCCAUGAAGAAACGUGCUGUUGCAGAGAAAAAUCAUAGUGUUGAAAGCAAUAGUGAAUCUGAUUCAGAUGACAACAGUUCUGCUGAAAAUAGAGAAGAAUAUGUUGGAAAUGAGGAGAUCCAGGUGGACUUUGAGGGCAGGAACCCGGUGGACAGCGACUUCCACGGCAUCAAGCAGCUCCUGAAGCAGCUGUUCCUAAAGGCCCACGUCAACCUGUCCGAGCUCACGGACCUCAUCAUCGCACAGAACUACGUGGGCAGCGUGGUCAAGCAAAGUGACUUGGAGGAGGAAGGCAGUGACGACGAAGACGAAGACGACAGUGGUGUCAACGACGUGUUUGGGAUCACCACGGUUGUCAACUUGACCGAUAAACAGAACACGGAGUCGGUGCAGCAGCUGCGCGCGCUGCUGGCGGAGCUGAGCGGCGAGCACGCCACGGACCAGGUGAACUCGCUGGUGCGCAGCCUGCUGGGGGACGACUCCCGCCCCGUGGGGCUGCUGCUCAACGAGCGCUUCGUCAACAUCCCGGCCCAGAUCGCCGUGCCGCUGCUGGAGAGCCUCAGCAAGGAAAUCAGUCGUGCGUGCCAGAAGAAAAUGCCGUUUGACCUGAGCUACCUGAUCCUCAUCUGCAAGCUGUACAAGGUGGAGGGGGGCAGUCAGGGGCGGAGGAACAGGAACAGGAACAAGAAGCAGCAGGACACCAGCGAGCAGGAAGUUGUGUGGCUGAACCCGGAAGAGGCGUUGUUCGACGAGGUGGCGGACUGCAAGUUCGAGUUCUGCGUGAAAGGGGAGUCGGACACGGGCCUCGGCGGCCAGUGGCAGGAGGACGACGUGGCGAUGACCCCCUACAGACGCGUGCUGCUCUUCCAGGCGGACAAGCUGGAGUCCGCCAUCACCAGGAUAAAGGCCUUCCUGGGGCAGUGAACAUUGCCGUCUCAUCAGCUCAACUGAGGUCAGUAGACUGAACAGUUCGCAUUGGCAGGUGAUGUGUUUGAUACUCAUAUUCUACUGCUUUUCUAUUAUGUGCUGUAUUUCUUGAAGCAGGGCUGGUAUGUUGGUAUGGAAUGAUACAUAUUUCUUGUCACUAAGUUAACUAGAUAUUUGAGAACAUGUUUUUUUGUUGGCUUUAGAGAAUAAUAAGAUUAGUAGUGUAUUUUCUUGCGGUGUUUAACUUGGGGUAUGAUUCAGGUGUGCAUUUUCACAUUUUGUCUUUUAUAGCCUGUAACAACUUUGCUGAGAAGGAAAUGUGUGAAAUAAUUUAAUAUUACAGUGUUAGGAGUAAAAUGAAAUGUCUGGUUUUGUAAGGUUUAACCAUGGAACUGUGAAUUUAGUUACUCAGUUGCCAAGUUUUUGCUUGUAAAUUACUCCCUCUAUAAAAUAUGUACUAAUGUAAAGGGAAGUCAUAUUUUUGUUUUAGAUACCACAAAAAUCUAUAACCUAAAUCAGUGAUCACUUUUCAUGCUUUAAUACUACAUAUUUUCUAGUUAAGAAUGAAACUCAGUGAAUUAAAAUUUUAAUGUUAUUAAUUAAGAUUAAAACUCUUGGAGCUCCUACUAUUCAAUGUAUUGUGCAGUGGAUCAUUCUGUCGUAAGAAUGUUGGAUGGACCAGCCUUCUAUCCAUUUAAAUUCAAUUGAUAAUUAUUUUCUUCACCAUUGCCGUUUACGUUUUAAGUAAUUGUGUGGUGUACUUGUCUGCCAUAAUGACUUGGAUGUCAAUAUCAUUAAAAAUUUACUAAGGUAACAAACGUACUUCCUAUACUAAGACGAGUUUGUUCCGUUAUAAGUUUGAGUAAUUUUGGCAUUGCCUAGUUUUUGCAAUACUUUUGCUGACAUUUCUAAACAUUAUAAAUUUUCCAUUCUUUAGUAAUUAAAUAUUGGUGUGGUAAUUUUUAUUUACCGUUGAAAUUUUGCUUGUAUAUGUGAUGGUGCUAGAGUACAAUCACUUAAAGGAAACAGUUUUUCCAAAAUACGUAGCACUGUGUCAGUCAAGCUGCAAUCAGUUGGGUUCAUAUUUAAGAAAAGUGAGAAAAUUUUGUGUGAAAAAAUUAUUAUGCCAUUUAUAACAUUGUCUCUCAGAGCUUAGUUAAUGAAAGAUUCCUUAGUGGGGUUAGCUUCAUUAAGCAUACAGAAACAUAUGAUCAUUAGUUGUUUUCUUUUCUGCACUUCUUUGUACUAGAAUUAGAAAGAGCUACACAGUCUCUCCGUUUCAGGCAAUUGUAGUGUUGCGAGUGGUUUUUUGGCCUAAGACGGGUCUCGAAACUACGGACCGCUGGCCAAUACCAGCCUGCCAUGGUGUGCUGUAUGUUGAUGUGAGGCUAGCUGGUUCUUGUACCUUGGGACUUUGUGAAGGAGCCAGUGUGGCUCUUAGCCCGGAAUCACAAUGCUACAAUAAACGUGGACACGACAAACCCAAUUAGGCAUCAUACAGCGUUCCAGCACGACAGAAUUAAUAGCAGAGGGCACAAUACAUAUCACGGCAACACUAAUAUGGCUGUCUGCCAAGUGAGUUCAUAAAAUUCAGUAUAGAAUGCACUAAACAGUGUAGGUCCUUGUAUUUCCUGUUAAAAAAACAUUUAACUAUUUAGUCGUCCUUGGCAUGAAGUGAGAUCAAGUUAAUUAUAGAUACAAGGGGAAAAAAUAUAUAUUUUAAUAAGGGAUAGAAAAAUAAUUCCACUGUUAGCUAUGUAAAGAAUUAAAAAGAUACAUGAUAAACUGUUGAAGUCCCACUACAAAUGUGGAAGUGUAACCCAACGUAAAACAAAAAUUCGUUUUUCAGUAAAGAUUUACCAAGUAGGUACGUAAAUAUUUUUGAAGUUUAGUUUUGUAAAGUUAGCAGUUUGCUUUCCAUCAUGUUGACGUCACAGUGACCUUGUAUUCCAUUGGCUAAUGAGCCUGUCAUGCAGUGUUUGUUGUGGCAUUGUGACUCCAGCUUUAGGCUCAAGCGUUCAGAGACCCUGGCCUAAGAUACAGAAACAGCAAACACAAUGUAAGAAGGUGUUGCAAGUACACAUGUUAGCUUGCAGUAAUAUAUGUACGUUCGUGUCUUCUAUUUUGGUGCUGUUUUGAACCAUGUACCUCUGCCAGUUGGUAUUUUGUGACAAGUUUUCAUGUAGCAUUAUGUGCAAUAUUCUGACCAAGGUUUUUUGAAUUGUGUGAUGGAGAACUGAUGGUAAAUGUAGCCAUGUUUUGUGUUAGCGAGUAGGUAUGUUUCAAUUCCUGAAGUGAUAUCAACAAUGUGAUUUAAGUAUCUGAUGCUAAUUGUGCGUGCCAUAGUGUGUGUUUCAUUGUUAGUGUGCAGGGUUUGUACUACAGACUUUGAACCAAGACAAUAAUUUUUACAACCAAAAUAAAUUCUUUUUAUUACAUAAAACAUACAUUUAAAUGCAUUUUUAAGGAGCUUGAUUGUUUUUCACAAUAUAAAAGUUAAUUAUUAAAGUUCAGUUACUUGCAGGUACCACCCAAAAUAAUUUAAAAGAUGGGAAUGAAAUAAAGAUUAACUGUCAAAAAUAACUUUGAAAAUUUUUUUCCCCUAUGAUUCACUUUCACUUAAUUUAUCUUGUAGCCAUUUGUUUUUCCUAAUUAUUUGACAUUCUUGGGCACAGGCUGAAUGCAAGUAGUAAAUUUGGCAUUGAUGAUUGACUAUGCAACUUUCUCUGUUUAAAAAAACUUGAACUCGGUAACUGUACAAAUCCUGCAUAAUUUUCUUUAGAUCAAUACAAGUUCCAUAAUCAAACUUAUAUAUAUAUCUGUAGAAAUGCAAUGUAUUUUUCAUUUGGCUAUAGUGUUUAGGAAAAAACUUCACUAGCAGUGCAUUUUUAGAAUGUUUUUUAAGGUACAGGUUCAGUGUUACUAUACCAUUUAUACUGAUGCUCUGAGUCAGAGCGCAUGAUUUUUUUUCCACAAACAAAUUUCCAAAGGUAUAUAUUUGUAAUGCAUUGUAUUUGCAGAUUUUGACAUUAAAGCAAACUUUAUAAUUA